UGUUUUGAUAUAGAGUGUGUGUCCAAGUAUGUCUACCACAUUAGAGAAACAACCAGAAGAGGAGCCUUUAAAAGAAAAAGAGGAGAAACCUAAGUCAGACGAUAAAUCUUUUUUUGAGAGACUAUGGGCCAUAAAGUCGAAUAUUACUGUGGAGCCCGUUUUGGCUGGACUUAUUAUUCCUUCCAUGUUAGCAAGAUUAGCUAUUCAAAAUUUGAAUUUGGAUAAAGCAUGUCGUGUGAAAUUGAAUUAUGGAGACAUGGUCUGUGACGCUCUAAUAGAUAGGACUGGAAACUACUCCGAUGAAGAGGCUAAUGUCCAAAAAGUGAUAUCUAAUAUAGAAGCCUGGAAGAGCGUCGUUCAGACAGCAAUUCCAACCAUACUCGUCAUAUUCAUGGGAGCAUGGAGCGACAGAUCGGGAAACAGAAAAAUCUGCAUCAUUCUGCCACUCAUUGGUGAGCUUAUGGUCUGCAUUAGCAACAUCGUCAGCGUUUUCUUCUUCUACGAGAUUUCUGUAGAAGUUACUAUGUUUUUUGAAGCUUUCUUUCAAGCCAUAUCCGGUGGAUGGGUGAUGAUUUAUUUGGGUGUAUUCAGUUAUAUCAGUGACGUUACUAAUGAAGAGACAAGGACCUUUAGAGUUGGUCUAGUCAAUUUGUGCAUGACAGCUGGUAUACCUAUAGGUACCGCUCUCAGUGGGAUUUUAUUGAAAUGGUGGGGCUUCUAUGGAAUAUUUGCAGCUUCAGCAACAGUUUAUAUUAUAACACUUAUUUAUUCAUGUAUUUGCUUGGAAAGCAAAACCAAACAUAACGAUAGCAGUGAAAAAGCAAAAUCAGGGUCAUGCAUGGAUAUAGUAACAAUGGUGAAAGAGACAGCUAGUGUGGCUGUGAAGAAAAGAGAAGGGAACUUGAGACUGAAAAUCAUUAUGACCUUAAUAAUUGUUGCCAUAAUAUACGGACCAAAUCAUGGUGAGAGAAUAGUUAUGUACAUGUUUGUGAGGUAUCGUUUGAAAUGGGAUGCUAUUAAAUAUAGCUUGUACUCGACAUACAGUAUCAUCACACAUUCUCUUGGCGCAAUGUUCUCAAUCAGUGUCUUCAGCAGGAUGUUGGGCUAUCACGACACUGUCCUCUGCCUCAUCUCAAUCGUCAGUAAACUCAUCGGAUCCAUUUACAUCGCUUUCGUUUACACGGAUUUACAAAUGUACAUGGUGCCAAUAAUCGAAAUACUUAAUGCAACAACCUUCACAUCCCUAAGAUCAAUGGCAUCAAAAUUGGUUCCUAGCGAAGAACUAGGCAAAAUGAACUCAUUAUUCAGUUUGGUAGAAACCCUGGGAGCGCUUAUGUUCGACCCAACGUACUCGACCAUGUACUCGAAGACCUUAGAGAUCUUCAGCGGAGCUGUCUUCAUUUACAGCGCAUUCCUGACGUUGCCGCCAAUCGCUAUGUUGAUCUACCUGUUUACACAACAUCGACGGGAAACGAAGCUGAGACAGACGGAGGCUGAAUUAGACGAAAAACGUUGAACUAAUGGUUAAACACAGAAAAACUGAAUUAUUUUAUAGAUCUUAAACAUUUAAAAUUAUAUUAAAUGUUAUAUUUAAUAAGAUACAUUGUUUAUUGUAAAAAAAUCAAUAACCUUUAAAUUCAUUGAAAUUAUAAAGGCAAGGUUAAUCGAUAUAACGUAUAUUUAUUGCAUGAAGUAAAGAGUUAUCGAGG